AUGGAGGAUGAAAUGCCCAAGACCCUAUACGUGGGGAACCUGUCAAGAGACGUGACCGAAGCUCUAAUCCUCCAGCUGUUCAGCCAGAUCGGACCAUGCAAAAACUGCAAAAUGAUAAUGGAUGAGCCAAGUACGAUAGCGAGGGUACAGCGUGAAGAGGUUUGUAUCAGUAAUCCUUUCUUUGUGUCUUUUUAUCAGACAGCUGGCAAUGAUCCCUACUGUUUUGUGGAGUUCUAUGAGCACCGGCACGCGGCUGCAGCCCUGGCUGCUAUGAAUGGCCGGAAGAUAAUGGGUAAGGAGGUCAAAGUGAACUGGGCGACAACCCCCAGCAGCCAGAAGAAAGAUACCAGCAACCAUUUCCAUGUCUUUGUCGGAGACCUCAGUCCAGAAAUUACAACUGAAGAUAUAAAAGCAGCCUUUGCGCCGUUUGGAAGAAUAUCAGACGCGCGUGUGGUUAAGGACAUGGCGACGGGAAAAUCGAAAGGAUACGGCUUCGUUUCCUUCUUCAAUAAGUGGGACGCAGAGAAUGCGAUUCAGCAGAUGGGCGGUCAGUGGCUCGGCGGAAGGCAAAUCAGAACGAACUGGGCGACAAGAAAACCUCCGGCUCCAAAGAGUACAUACGAAUCAAACACCAAACAACUGUCUUACGACGACGUGGUCAAUCAGUCCAGCCCCAGCAACUGCACCGUGUACUGCGGAGGCGUUACUUCGGGUCUGACAGAGCAGCUGAUGCGCCAGACCUUUUCUCCCUUCGGGCAGAUAAUGGAGAUUCGAGUCUUCCCAGAUAAAGGCUACUCCUUUGUACGGUUUAAUUCUCACGAGAGCGCCGCGCACGCCAUCGUUUCCGUCAAUGGAACGACUAUAGAGGGACACGUGGUGAAGUGCUACUGGGGCAAGGAGACGCCGGACAUGAUCAGCCCGGUCCAGCAGAUCGGCUACCCGCCGGCGUACGGGCAGUGGGGCCAGUGGUACGGCAACGCCCAGAUCGGUCAGUACGUGCCCAACGGCUGGCAGGUCCCUGCCUACGGGAUGUACGGGCAGGCGUGGAAUCAGCAGGGCUUUAAUCAGACGCAGUCUUCGGCAGCGUGGAUGGGCGCCAACUACGGCGUGCAGCCGCCGCAGGGGCAGAACGGGAGCGUGAUAACCAACCAAACGGGAUACCGCGUGGCGGGCUUCGAAACGCCCUGAGGAGGAGAGGACUGGGACGCCGGCGGGGCCGGGGGCCUCCGGGCGCGUCGCGGAGCCUCUGCCGACCACCGAGAUCGAUCGGAUCAAGCCUCAGAUACGAUGUAUUUAUUUCGGAGAGGGAGAGAGAGAAACAAAACACACACAAAAAAAGCAUUUUUAAUCAUGAAAUUGUCAUCCGCGUUGUUUCAAAACCGACACAAAAUCACACAAAACGAGAUGCUGGAUGUCUGCCGACUUUUGCCUUCUUUUUCCUCCUUUACGUGUUUCCUAAGAGCCGCGUUUUUUUGGAACACGGCAAAUGCAGGGACUGCUGCCGCUGAAAAUUGGGGCGGCGAGUUGCACAACGUCGACCUUUUUGGGUUUUUCUUUUUUUUCCCCUUUUCUUUUCCCUCGGAAGUCGCAUGCCCUUCCAGUUUGCAUUCCGAACGAUUUAAAAUGUAUUAUAAACCGUUGUACAAAAAAAAAAAAAGUAAUAAGAAGCCAAAAGUGUGCGAAGCCUUCGGCCUUCGCGCCGUCUGUUUUAAAAGAGCCUCCUGUAUAAAGCCUCCGUCUUUUGUUACGCCGGGUUUUUUCGACGAUAAAUUAUUCGUUUACAUCGUUUUUUGUAUCUCAGCGUCUUUUUCAGGGUCGGCUUUGCCUUAACGACGGGGGACACUCGGCCGGACGGCGCCCGGCUCCCCUCGGGAGCGAGGAUUUCCACCCUGGGACAGCGAAAAUGUGACAAAUUCCUACGAACCAGCCGGGUUGUUGUGGUUUUUUUUGGGGUCUUUUUUUUUUUUUUUCUACAUUUACAUGUACUGAUUAUGUAAAAUAUUUUAGCAAAUUAAUAUU